AUGGAGGAUAAGCUCACCAAUCCGGACGAAAAGUCCUCCGCGGGCAUUCUCUCUCACGAUGAGAAGGUAGCUGAAGCUCCGCCGCCGGAGCUGGCCGAGCAAACUGGACGCAGCAAGGCUGUCGCGCUAAACAUUGUUCAGAACCCUCUUACGCGCAACUCCAAAGAACAAGUUAUCGCCGAUGCCCGAGCUUUCGCUCAGUCGCAUGAUAUGUCAGAGCACGCCGAACUGUUUGCAAGAGCUGCUCUUGUUGCGCGUGAGCCUAAGGCCUUCGAGUUUAUUACAGAGCUUGAUGAGCAGGAGCGCACCGUGCUAGCAUACGAGAGGGACCAUAAGUGGCAUGGCCCUUUUAUGCUUUGGUACUCGAUCUCUUUAUGUGCCGUCGGAGCCGCCACACAAGGAUGGGAUCAGACUGGAUCCAACGGUGCCAAUCUGUCUUUCCCUAGGGAGUUUGGUAUUGAUGGUACCGGGAAAGACGAGUGGAUUGUGGGAAUUGUUAAUGCCAUCAUCUUUUUGACCGCUGGAUUGAUUGGCGCUUUUAUCGUCGACCCUCUCAAUCACUACUUGGGCCGAAGAGGUGAAAUAUUCGUCACUGCUUGCUGUCUCACUGCCACCCCAAUUGGUUCUGCUUUCGCGCAGUCAUGGCAAGGGCUGUUUGCUGCGCGAUUUGUCAUGGGUAUUGGAAUUGGUGCAAAAAAUGCCACAGUCCCUAUAUACUCAGCCGAGAUGGCUCCAGCUCGAAUUCGAGGCGCUCUCGUCAUGUUCUGGCAACUUUGGGUUGUGGCCGGUAUCUUCUUGGGUUUCGCUGCCAACGUCAUUGUCAAAGAUACUGGUGACAUCGCUUGGCGUCUCCAGCUCGGUUCGGCGUUCAUUCCAUCCUUCAUCCUUGGCAUUGGCAUCUUCUUCUGCCCGGAAUCCCCUCGCUGGCUCAUGAAGCACAAUAAAUAUGCUGAAGGGUUUAGAUCCAUGGUGCGCUUGCGAGCUCAUCCCCUCAUUGCUGCCAGAGACUUCUACUACUCGCAUGUCAUCUACGAGGAGGAGCUCAGGGAGGCUCGUGGCGCGGGCUACUUCUCCCGUCUGUGGGAUUGUUUUGCUGUGCCUCGAAUAAGGAGAGCAAAUUACGGUGCUUCGACUGUCAUGAUUGCUCAGCAGAUGUGUGGUAUCAACGUAAUCUCUUUCUAUAGUUCAACAAUCUUCGAGGAGGUCGUUAAGUCGCAGACAAAGGCUUUGUACGCGUCGCUCGGCUACGGUGCUAUUCAAGUGGUGUUUACCAUUCCUACUCUUUUUCUCAUCGACACCAAAGGUCGGAGAACUCUAACUUUGAUUACAUUCCCCCUCAUGUGCAUUUUCUUGCUAGCUGCGGGUCUCUCGCUUCUCAAAACUACAGGUAGUCAAGGAGCACAAAUUGGACCAGUAGCCUUGUUCAUCUAUCUAUUUACUAUAUGCUACUCUCUGGGUGAAGGUCCAGUCGCUUUCCAGUACUCGGCCGAGGUUUUCCCCACUAUUCAGCGUGAGCAAGGAAUGGCUUGGGCUGUUUGCAUCAACAAUACCUUUGCCGGUAUUCUGAGUUUGACAUUCCCACGAAUGAAAACUGUCAUGACUCCAACUGGUGCAUUCGGAUUCUACGCCGGGCUCAACAUUAUCGCUUGGUUUAUGAUUUUCUGCUUUGUCAGAGAAACCAAACAGCUCACGUUGGAAGAAUUGGAUCAGGUCUUCUCUGUGCCCACGAAGGAGUACAUCCACCACGAACUGAUCGUGUGGCUUCCUUGGUUUAUCAAGCGGCAUAUCUUUCGAAAGAACAUUCCUAAGCCACCAUCAAUCAUUGCAACUGCCGAUGAGGCUAUGAAGAGCAGUUAA